GAUAAUAAGAAACAAGUGGACAUUCCAAAAAAGUUGUUGCAAGGUUAUGAAAAUAAGAGACAAGCGCAUUUUACUUCAACACACUGUCAUAAGCUAUGAAAUUAUGUGAAAUUUGGUGAGACUACCAUGAUGAGUUACAGAUCAAGUUUAUGUUUCGUUACGCUAUGCUGAUUUUCAUGUCGUUUCAACACAUCUUGUUAGAUCUGCAGUACAUCCACUUCCUGUUUGCUGAUAGUUUGAAAAUAAUUCACUCAUUGAUCAAGGAAAUUUUUCAUCAAACUAGUAUUGGUCUUGAGAGCUUGAUACUAUCCAUGCAUGUGUGUGUCCACAUGUGUUGUUGAAAUUGCAGAUUUUUCAAUUUUUUGAGACGGGGCCAUUCGUGUCGUUUCGACACAUCUAGUUUCAUCUCGGAUCCCAAAAUGUUUUGUAUUCAUAUAUAGCUGUAUAAAAAAACUCAUUAAAGAUACCAGGCUUUUAAUUUUGUAAGCCAGUAGCGCGUUUCAUCUAAUAACACUCAUCAGUCAAGCUCGAAUAGAAAAAGUUAGAAGGCCAAAUCAAAUACGAAUUUGAAGAGCAUAAGAUGGUAUUUAACAGAGACGAUUCAAAACAACUGUAAUGUCAAAUUACAUUUUGACACCCUAAGUAACAUUUUAAGAGGACGUGUUAAAAUCCCCCAAAUCAAUUAUAUAUUUGACGACAAAACAUUUUUUUUAAGUUGACGAACUUCCUUGUUAUGUGAAUUGUCUGUUACACAGGAAAUUCAUUAUUAAGCAUGUCAAUUUGAUUUUCCUGUCAUAGUACAAACUAUAUACUUUCCGCUUUCAAAAGAUCAUUAAAUUGCUGAAAUACCAAUGGCGUGUAGUGCACAGGUUCCAUUGUGUUGUCAGUUCUGUGAUAACAUUAAUGAAAUUAAAUGGAAAUGUUUUGAUUGCUCUUUGUUACUUUGUGAUAAGUGUAAAAUCAAGCUGCAUUCAAAAGUUUCGUUUGAAAAAGAACACAAUAUCGUCGAUAUACGGAAUGUAAGUCAAAUAAAAGUUUCAUCAAAUGAGAAUUUGGAAAAAUAUCUGACAUUAUCAUGUCAUCUACAUUCGUCUAAAUCCUGUUGUCUGUUUUGUAAAACAUGUGACAAUCUUAUAUGUCCAGUGUGUCUUCUUAAAAACCACAAAGAUCACGCGUUGGAACAAAUUCACGAGGCUUUCCAAAGGAAAAGGACUGCAUUGGAAAAAAUAGUAGAUAAAAUUGAUAAAGAAUGUCUUGGAAUUGUACAGAAGGAACAACAAACUUUCGAUGAACUGUGGUCUAAGCAUCAGCACCAACAACAAAAGACAAAAGAAAACAUACAAGUACAAACAGAAACUUUAACUAGCAAAAUACUAUCUUACAGUUUGAAAAUACUAGAACAACACGACAGCUUCAACAAUGGAUUGAACGGCAUGUUCGAAUCAAAGAAAAAAGUCUUAGAUCAACAUGAACAGGAUUUACUAGACAAAAGAAAUAAGAUUGAAACAAUUCUAAAUUCAACAAAUUUGGCAGAAGUAUUUGAACAUUCGAAAGGUUUAUUUAAAACUCCUGAAAUCACAAAACUAGAUGUAUCAAACGCCAUGUUGGGCUUUCUCGGAGGACAACCUUUGGAUGAGAAUGUACAACAGAUGUUUGGGUCUUUAGUAGAAAUCCGUCCAUUCAAAACUUAUACAACAGACUUGCCAGAUGUCGGAGUAAUAGCAUGGCAUGGUGAUUUCUUAUGGGUUGCGAACAAGGAAAAGAAAAUUCUUCAGAAAAUUAAGCCUGGUCUUAAUUUGGAAAUUGCAUCUUGUACAAAUGACAUAGAAAUUAGUGAUUUUUCUAUUACACAAUCCGGAGAAUUGGUACUAAAGCUUUCAAAAUCGAACAAAUUGAAAAUGUUAUCCCAAAACGGGAAACAAAAGAUACUUCGAGAUUUUUCAUCCAUGAAACCAACGGCUGUCCAUGUUUCUGGAGUUGGUGACGUCAUUGUUGGUGUUAAAGAAAACGGACCAAAUUUUGUUCUUUCUGGAAAUAGUAGGCGACAACUCGUAACUCUGACUCCUAGUGGUAAGAAUAAGAGUACAUUUGAAUAUGAUCAAAAUGACAAAAGGUUGUUCACCUAUGUGUGGAAUAUUACGUCCACUAGUUCAGGAGACAUAUGCGUAAUCGAUCGGCUUUCUGAUGAAUUUGAUGGUAGGUUAGUUAUGCUUGACCACAACGGUCAGCCAAAGUGGGUUUAUCGUGGACAAUCGAAAGACAGAUAUAUAAUUGAUGCAUUCAAGCCUCGUGACAUAAUCGCAGUAGAAGAUGGGAAUAUAAUAGUAACGGAGAGACUAAAUCAUUUCCUUUACGUUUUUUCAUCAUUAGGGCGUCUUCUUGUGCGUAUGGUGACAUCAGGAAUUGAUAUUUACCUUCCACAAUCACUCUGUAUUGACACACUUGGAAAUCUCUGGAUCGGUUGCGGUACUUACAGAUGUGAACCUAAUCAUGCAAAAAUCCAUCGGACCCAACUCUGUCUUCUGAAAUAAUAUUUUACAUUGUCACUUAAAUGUGUAUAAAAUGUAUUUGCUAUUAACAUAACAUCACAACUGCAGAAAAAUAGUUUUCUUGGCCACAACCCUUAAAAUAAGAUGUAAUCAGUUACUGCUUAAGACGAUAUAUAAAAUGACUGAUAUAUUAUAUUAUCUCAAAAACACAUAGAUAUCAAAUUUAUGACAGACAAAAUUUCUCCUGAUAUAACUGUCAUCAGAUAAGCUAAUUUCAGAAUUUUGAAAUAUCCCCCCAAAAAAAAAAGAUUUGAAAAAACAAAUGUAUGAUGAAAUAGUUAUAGAACUGAUAAGAAAUGAGCAACUUAUAGAUAUUAAGCUUUAUUUAAGUGAACAUUUUUGAAAUAAAAAAAAUAAUACUGAACAGAAACGGUUUGUUUCCUCAUACACCGGACUCCGUACAUGAUAAGAGAGCAAAUGUUUCUUUUCUUUCGGGUUUGAUGUCAGACAUUAUCACGAUCAGAAAGAUAUGAUAUUUGUGCUCCAACAAAUCGUCAUGUCGUUAUUGAACUUUGACUGAUAAUAUCUGACCACAUGAAUACACAUAAAUAGAAAUAUGGUGUGUAGGUCAAUAAUAAAGUUAUCCAGCGACAAAAAAAAAGCCAUCUAGAGGGCAACAUACACUCUUCAACAAUAUACAGAUGUCAAAACAAUAUGACAGUGUUUUAAUCGUCUCAUGUAUUUAAAAGAAAACAAAAAGAGCAAUCUGCAAUCAACUCCAAAAUCUCCAAAUAACAAACUACAUAAAUUAAGAUAUGACAUAAGACAAUGAUUACAUAAAUGUAUGUUAAGGAAUACAUGUUCGUCUUGUUAUAUUACUUAUUGAUAGCUAUUUGGUCUAAUCCAAUCGUUGCAAAUUCAACAAUAUAAAAUAAUUGUAAUUACAAAAUUUAUGUAACGGUUCCUAUCUUAUCGAUAUAAUCACUUAUAUAAGUAAUGUAUCUAUAGACCAUUCCUCAU